UGGCCGCCGGGCGAGCGACUGCCUGCAACAGGAACCUAAUCGGUUUGACACUUGCCCAGCGCGCGAUAACACGAUAACCUUACCUCUAACAGGAAUUGCUAUACUAUAAACAUUUGAACUUUUUUCACUUUUCAACUGAAUUCAUCAAUAUAUUAGACAUUUUUUGUGUUGUGCAAGAGACUUUUUGUGAAAAUUUCGUGUGUUUGUGACAAGGAAAAAGACACUCGGAAGGUUGUGAAUUUACGCUUCGUUAACUCGGAGGAGAAAAGCCGAAAAAAGAUCGUCGCUUACAUCCGCUCAUUGGAGUGAUAAAAUUUAUGACAAACGAUUUUCCGAUGACUGACUUCAAUAUACCACUUCUUUAUAUUAAGUGGACAGCAUGACUUGGUGGGCGCGAGCACGCAAGAAGAGUUUAGUGUCAAGAUGAAAGGGCGAUGCGGGGCUCGCUGGGCGGGACGCGACGCCGCGUGAUGCCGGGCGGCGCGACGCCCGCACGCGCCCGCAGCGCGUGAUGCGCGCGGACCGCGCCGCGCUCUACGCGUGGCUCGUCUGCUGCGCCGUCGCGCUCUCCACGCACAAGUACAGCACGCGCGUCGUUCGCACCAAAUACGGACCCCUACGGGGCAUUGUGGUCCAUGCACACCCGCAAGUAGAGGCUUACUUGGGAGUGCCGUAUGCCACACCUCCCCUCGGUAGCCUUAGAUACAUGCCGCCUGUGACGCCGUCUCAGUGGCGUACUCCACGGCUGGCAGACGCCGCGGGUCCCGCCUGCCCGCAGCGUCCGCCCCCCGCCGCCCCAUGGGACGACGCCUUGCUCAUCCACCCGCGCGCUCGAAUCAAGCAGAUUGAGAGACUGCUACCCAUGCUUACUAACCAGAGUGAAGAUUGCCUUUAUGUCAACCUGUACGUGCCUGUAACUGGUGCAGAGAUGGAGUCUGAGAAAGCAAGAUUGCCAUGUCUUUUGUUCGUGCACGGGGAAUCUUAUGAAUGGAGUUCGGGCAAUGCGUACGACGGAACAACUUUAGCCGCACAUGGCAACAUCAUUGUAGUUACUAUCAACUUUAGAUUAGGUGUUUUGGGUUUUUUAAAAACUGGUGCUAAAGGGUCAGCGCAGGGUAACUUUGGCCUAAUGGAUUUGGUUGCCGGACUGCAUUGGUUACGUGAAAAUCUACCUGCUUUUGGAGGUGAUCCUGAAAAGGUGACUCUGAUGGGUCAUGGUACUGGUGCCGCAUUGGCUAACUUCUUGGCCGUAUCACCUGUAUCUAGAGAGCUGCUGAGGCGUGUCAUUUUGUUAAGCGGAUCCGGACUCAGUUCAUGGGCACUGCAAAGGGAUCCUCUGUCAAUAAAACGAAAGGUGGCAGAGCAUACCGGUUGCCAUGGUGACCUUCUAGAAGAUGAUAUAGCACCCUGCCUCCGCAACAAGCCUCUGAGUGAUUUGCUGUCUGUUCGGUUGGAUCCUCCAAGAUUUCUUGCAGGCUUCGCACCAUUUGUUGACGGAACAGUAAUAGUUAAUCCUUCCCAUGCACCCCCUCCCACGGAUAGUUCGCGGUUAGGGGCCGGCGCGGCGGCUGUGGCCAGCGCCGCCGGUCAUGAAUUAGCCGACUUCCCGCACAGAGAACUGCUUUUUGGACUCACUACUACGGAGUCUUACUUGGAAUUCAAUGCUCAAGACUUGGAGUUUGGCUUCAAUGAGAGCCGCCGCGACCGCAUUCUGCGUACAUUCGUCCGAAACGCUUAUUACUACCAUCUCAACGAGAUUUAUUCAACUCUCAAAAACGAGUAUACUGACUGGGAUAAACCCGUGCAGAAUCCGCUGAGUGUUCGUGACGCUACUCUAGAGAUUCUUAGCGAUGGCCGCACGGCAGCGCCUUUAAUAAGAUUGGGAUACCUCCACGCUUUACGUCGCGGUUCAACCUAUUUCACACAUUUUCACUACCUUUCUCCAGAGAAGGACUAUCCGCAGCGACCAGGAUCGGUGCACGGCGAGGAGGUACCAUUCUACCUUGGAAUGCCAUUAUCUCAGGCCUACCAUCACUUGAACUUUACAUUACAAGAACAGCGUGUGUCGAAAUUAUGUAUGCAUUAUGUGGCUAAUUUUGUUCGUUAUGGGAACCCAAAUGAUCCCUCAGCGACUCCACCACCAAACCCAAUGUUAGGUGAACCUGUCGCAGUAGGCCCUGAUGAUAUCCCUUACUGGGACACCUACGAUACAAUAAACCAACUUUAUAUGGAAAUGAGUACUAAGCCUGGUAUGAGAAGUCAUUAUCGUGGUCAUAAAAUGUCAUUAUGGUUAUCACUGAUCCCACAACUGCACCGACCUGGUUCCGAUUUGCCUGACGCCGCCAUGAGGCACCAUCACUUUCAAGAUGACAGCCAAAAUUAUUAUGAAGGAGCAGUUAGAGAGCAAUCGAUGUCAAGAGCUCACGUUCCACACGUUAUAAAUAUUGGACGUGGUGGUGAUAAAACUACGCCUUCGAGUCGUUCUGCAUCACCGAAACCAUCUCCCGCCCCUCCAGCUUCAACUGAAUGUCCACCAAACGCUACAGUCACCCCCAUACAAACUGAUGACGCACUUCUACGAAGACUUGCCUCCUCGCAUUACCAGUCAUAUACAGCAGCUCUCACCGUUACAAUUGCCGUGGGAUGCUUUUUAUUGCUACUUAACGUACUGAUUUUUGCUGGGAUUUAUCAUCAAAGAGGGACGCGACCUCGAAGAUGCAAAGAUGAUCUUACUGAGGCGGGAAGUUCUUCAUCGUCUGAUAAUUAUGACGCAAAAAUUGAUUAUGAUGUAAGAGCCUUUGAGGGGAAAGGGUUUGGCUUUGAUUGUAAGUCGGCUCAUGUGCCGCGUGGGUCAGGUUCCAAAUUUGAUUUACGAACUUUGUCAGACUGUGGUGAACCAACUUUCGGUGAAUAUAGUUGUUAUGAUGAAAAACAUUUGGCCGCAAGGAGAUCCUUGCCAGAUGUGAGUGUUGGUAGUGCCAUUGACGCUGGUAAUGUUGUGUGUAUAGACACACAAAAACCAGAUAUACAAAGAAUAGAAGCACGCAUUCAAGAAGCUGUAAGCAGGACUAGUACUUUCGAGCCUCGGGUUGUUGAUAGUUCGACACAAGUGAAGUUUGGCCCUUUAUGUGAUGGCCAGGAAGUCCUCUCCGAUUCAAAUGGGGAUUCCGAAGGUGCAGCUGGUUCAGGUAUUUUAAGAGUUCCACCUGCACCAACAACACCAGCUCCUCCUGGUAUUAUGAAGAAAAGAGUUCAAAUACAAGAGAUAUCAGUAUGAGAUUUGGAGAAAUUAGACACUGCGGAAGUGGUUGUUAAUGAAAGGACUGAAUUAUAAAGUGAAAAACGUUUUAUGAACGUUAUACUUAAUAAAUGUAUAUAAUGUAAAUUGAAACAAAUCUUAAUGUUUGUAAAUAUGUGAAUUGUUGUUCGCACUGUUUCUGAUAUGAUGCAUACAAAUCAAAUAAAUAAAGCUUGGUAUGCUUUAAGCGAUAGAUAGGAUGUUUUUUGAUAUUAAAAUAAAUACAGCAAUAACACUGAUUUUUGUUACUUAAAAUUUAAAUUAUGGACGCCCUAACUAUAUUUUAUUACUUAUAAAAAUAUAGGAUAUCUUUUACGAUCAUAUUAUUCUGAAACGUUAAUGAGACAGAUACAGUAAAGAGAGAGACAGUAAAUUUGACCGGGGUCCAUAUUACCGGCUUGUAAACCAUUUAGCUAUGAAAAUAUAUAGGUUACAAUAAUACAGACUGCGGCACAUUUGUUACAAUUUAAGUAUCCUGUUUUUACAUGAAAUGUGUGAAUAUUACAAUAAUAAUAUUAGAAGUGUACUAAGACUAACUUGCCAAUGUAGGUGUAUAUAUCAAAGUGUUUCAAAGUUGUAGUAAUUAUUAAGAACAAUGCGUAUGUUGUGAUUUUUUGUAAAUUUAAUUUAAGUAUGAUACCUAAAAAGUGUGUAGUUUUUGAUAAGUAAACGUAUAAACUAAAUACUUGAUACUUUAUGGACGAGCAAUAUCAAAUUCUUAUUAAAUAUGUUGAGGUGAACAGGGUAAAACAGUUUCCAUCAAUUGAAUGAAUUUGUGAAAUACGAUUCAUACAAGAAAUCAUAUUUUAAAAUAUUAAAUAUAAAAGUUUCAGCCGUAUUUGUAAUCCUUUUAGAUAUCCGUUUGAUUUUUUUUAAUCAAUCGCCUUUACUUACUUCGUCUUAGGUUUUUUUAGUUUUAUACGCAUAUCUCACUUUCAAAUCGCUGAAAAUGCGCAAAUCCCGCUGCAAAUAAAUUUAUCUAUGUACAUGUUUAAACGAAGCAAAAUUAAUUCGAUUCAAUCAAUUUAACGUAUAAUGAAUCGUAUUUACAAUAUUGUUUCCGCACUAUCUAAUCUUUGAUAAGAUCGCUAUAUCAUGAAAUGAAACAAAUGACAGGCGGGUGACCCUGUACUUCGUAAAAAUAAUAUCUUAAAUUGUUGGAAAAUAACAGCUUAUAGAUACUUAAUUUGCUCUGUGUUCGUCCAUAAUUUAUCUUUGCAGGAAUUGAUGAGCAUUAAGUAUUUAAAAAUCUAAAUUGAAUGAUUUAAUAUUAAGUAAAGUAUCCAUAUUGUGACAAAAUGUUCUGUUGUUAAUUAUUUGCCAUAUUGAUUAUAUAAAUUAGAUAUCUUCCUAAAAGGAAUUGCAUAUUAGUAUUUUAAAUAUUUAACCACUUGAUUAUGGUUAAUGUUUUAAGAUUUUAGACUUUAAAUAUUAAAGUCGAUGGUUUUAGGUUUACAGGUAUGAUGUAUGCGCAUUUAAUCAUUGAAAAUAUCUUAUUAAAGUACAUAUAAUCAGUCACUUUCUCUUUUGUCGUUACCUUUUUUGUAUGAAAGUUGAUGUAGUUCUCUCAAUACAAUUAAAACAAAUUAAUAUCAAAUAAAAUUCAUUAUUGGAUCAGCUCUGAUCUGUGAAUCUGUCGGUAUUGCUGUUAGUAAUUACGAGUAAGUUAAUAUUCCCGUCGGGAUAACUUCAUUUUAUUUAGUAUAAUCUUAAAUCCGAGCCUAUGAUUUAGUUCAAAUAAUAGCAUAUGUACAAAAAACAUUUGCUUUCAUUUAUAUAGAGAAGCAAAAAAUCUAUAUUCUUGUGGAUAACCCAGCUCAUGAGUGUUCCUAUUAAUUUGAAACAGUUCAGAUACUUUUAGUGCAACUUUAUAACAUUUCACGAAAAAGUAACACCCUGAUUAUUACAUUGCAACGAUUUGAUAAAUUAUUUAACUCGAUGCCAAAUGUUAAAUUUGAACGUUAAUUAAUAAUUCUGGUAUAUAAUUACUGCUUUUGACAGUGUUUAUAGCAGGUGUAUUUGUUGACUGUUGAACGUUGAUGUAGCAAGUGUGGCAUGCAAACGCAAUAUUGCGAUAACACCCAUUUUUAUUAUAUUUUAUUUAUUCAAAUCAAAUGACUGAAAAUAGGUGAAAAAAUAAUUUAAUCGUUUCAAAUCUGCGCCGGAGAUGAACACAAUUUGUAGUGUAUACAUUUAUCUUUAUAAAUAAGACAUCUGAGACAAAUUCUUGGUUAUGAUGAUAAAUUAAUUUAUAAGAUCAAUUUGUGUAUGUAAGUAUUAGGAUUGUAAAAUAAACAAUUUGUUAUUGUCCAAAACAUGAACCUUUUCUUUUUACACUUGUUAUGUAAUUUGAAGUUUAAAAAAAUGAUUUUAAGCUGCUUGUUGCUAUUAAUAAAAUAUAUUUAAUGAUUUCUUCAAAGUUUAUUUGUCGACUAUGUAUUAACUCUAGUGAAUUGAGUGUAUAGCUUAUAUAAACAUUAUUUAGAUGCAAUAAGAUCAGUUGAAAAUUGGUUUUAAUUGAAUGUAAAUAAUUUAUGAUGGCAUUUUGUUACAGUCUGGUGUUAUGUGGAGUGCGUAAAACAUAGUAUUGAAUAAAAUUUUGAAA